AUGGGAAAAUACCUUUUCGAAAUCGUGGUAUUAUCUUCUGUGUUGCUGAUUCUUUAUGCUGUUCUAAGAGUUGCAUACGUUGUUUGGUGGAGACCAAAUUACUUAGAGAAGGUUUUAAGGAGACAAGGGAUCAGAGGGACUUCCUACAAGUUUUUGCGUGGUGACAUGGCAGAGAUCAGACGGUCCAUCCUGGAAGCACAGUCCAAGCCUAUGUCGCUGAACCACCACAUCACGCCACGUGUCUUCCCUUUCUUUUACGACAUGAUGCAGAAAUAUGGAAAAGUGAGUAUGACUUGGAUUGGAACGAAGCCGAGGUUGAUAAUAGGGGACCCAGAGCUAAUCAGGAUGAUAUUAGGAGAUAAGAAGAAUGAUUUCGUGAAGCCACCACAGAACCCUCUUGUUCAUAUGCUUCAAAGAGGAGUAUCAUCCUUAGACGGAGAGCAAUGGGCGAAACGCAGGAGGCAAAUUACACCUGCUUUCCAUCUUGACAAGUUAAAGGGAAUGAUGCCUGCGUUUUCAACUAGUUGCUCCAACUUUAUUGAUCGAUGGAUAAAAUUGGCUACUCCUGAAGGAUCUUGUGAAGUGGAUGUAGCACCAGAAUUUCAAAAUAUUACGUGCGAUGUUAUUUCUCGAACAGCUUUUGGAAGCAGUUUCGGGGAGGGAAAGAAAAUAUUUGAACUGCAAAAAGAGCAAGCUGUUUUGGUGAUUGAAGCUUAUUAUAACCUCUACAUCCCAGGUCUCAGGUUUGUACCGACAAGAAAGAAUAAGAGAAGGUAUAAAUUAGACAAUGAGAUCAAAACAAUGUUAAGGGACAUUAUACGCAAAAAAGAGAAAGAAAUUAUCCAUAAUAGGCCAGAAUUGGGUGCCACUGAUUUGCUGGGUUUACUACUAAAAUGCAAAGAACAAUCCAACAAUUCUAUGACAAUUGAAGAGGUGAUAGAGGAGUGCAAGUUGUUCUACUUUGCUGGCCAAGAAACUACCUCCAAUCUGCUGACGUGGACGAUGAUCCUUUUAUCUAUGCACCCGAAUUGGCAAGAGAAGGCAAGGGAAGAGGUUCUUCGGAUGUGUGGAAAGAAAUCCCCUGAUUUUGAAGCCAUUUCUCACUUCAAGAUUGUAUCGAUGAUAUUGAAUGAAGUUAUGAGGUUGUACCCUUCCGUGUGUAAUCUCUCUCGCUAUACCAAAAGAAAAAUCAGCAUUAAUGGAGGAAUGACCAUUCCAGAAGGGAUAGAAACAUUACUAUUGAUGCUCUCCAUUCAUCACGACCCAAUGUCAUGGGGUGAUGACGUGGAGGAAUUCAAUCCGGAGAGGUUCUCGGAAGGGGUUGCAAGAUCAACAUCAAAGGAUACAAUUGAUUACAGUCUGACGGCAUUCUAUCCAUUUGGGUGGGGCCCAAGAAGAUGCCUUGGACAAAGCUUCGCCAUGAUCGAAGCAAAGAUGGCGCUGGCCAUGAUUCUCCAACACUUUUCGUUUGAGCUAUCCCCUUCAUACACUCACGCUCCUCGCACGGUCAUUACUCUUCAGCCCCAGUACGGAGCUCCUGUUAUACUACACCGACUCUGA